AUGCGCCGCGGGGGCAGACCAACUUUGAGGCAGGGCCUCGAUAAAGAGGUCUACCAAGUCGUUCGCAAAAUCCUCGAUGAUCAGGCAGAGAACGACCAGUUUCGCCUGUCAGUGACAACGAUCUAUGAUUCCAUCAAACGAUCCAAUUCGAGUUUGAACCGGAAACCGAAGCGAAUUCUCGAAGAUAGCAUUGAACGGGUGGUCGAAGUCAUCAAAACCGAUGUACUGGGUGAAGAUGAAAACGACUCGGUAGAUGGCGAUUUUGCUGGGCUGGAGGAGCAGCCAGUACAGGUCUCAAAUAGUAUGAAUAAAAGCCUUGUAGGCGCGUGGAACACAGCUACAAAGGCCCCGAAGUCCGAAGCCAAUACCACAGAGAACACCCCCGCCCCAAUAUCGACAAAGAAACGACACCAUGGAGGCGAAUCCCACUCCUCCAAACGGCGUAAGGCAGAAAGUGCUGUCGACAGAUCUCCGCCAACACACUUGAGUCUUUCGGAUUUGGGUGGGUUGGACGACGUGGUUCAGCAACUAGGAGAUCUUAUCAUUCUUCCCAUGACUCGCCCACAAGUUUAUUUAGCAUCGAACGUACAGCCUCCUCGUGGUGUGCUGCUACAUGGUCCACCAGGUUGCGGUAAAACUAUGAUUGCCAACGCAUUUGCGGCAGAGCUUGGGGUGCCAUUUAUACCCAUUUCAGCUCCGUCUAUUGUUUCAGGGAUGUCGGGAGAAUCUGAAAAGGCCCUUCGAGAGCACUUUGAAGAAGCGAGGAGAUUAGCACCAUGCCUUAUCUUUAUCGACGAGAUUGACGCCAUUACGCCGAAACGAGAAAGCGCGCAAAGAGAAAUGGAGAAGAGAAUCGUCGCUCAGCUUCUUACAUGUAUGGAUGACCUGGCCCUUGAAAAGACAGAUGGGAAGCCCGUCAUUGUUCUGGCGGCUACGAAUCGACCGGACAGCUUGGACGCGGCCCUGCGCCGAGGAGGCAGAUUCGAUAAGGAAAUCAACAUGACUGUUCCUUCCGAACCCGUCCGGGAACAGAUUCUUCGAGCACUAACACGUAAGAUGCGCCUUGUGGAUGAUUUAGAUUUCAAAACUCUAGCAAAGAGAACGCCGGGUUUCGUGGGGGCCGAUCUGAACGAUCUGGUGUCCACUGCCGGCUCUACCGCAAUUAAAAGAUAUCUUGAGCUAUUGAAAUCAAAUAGCGGCGAAGAAAUGGAUAUCGAGGGAACAGAUGACCUUAGCCCCAAGGUCAGGGAACUCCGUCGGCUCAUAGUUCACGCCAAAGAAACUCCCCUUGGCACCGAAGCUGAGGUCGUCCUUGUAUCAAACGCCGACUUCUUCACUGCCCUGCCUAAAAUCCAGCCUUCUUCUAAACGCGAGGGUUUUGCAACCAUCCCAGACACAACCUGGUCAGACAUUGGCGCCCUAAGUGGAAUCCGCGAUGAACUCGCUACCGCAAUAGUGGACCCUAUCAAGAACCCCGAACUUUACGCCAGCGUCGGCAUCACAGCUCCAACAGGUGUUUUGCUCUGGGGUCCCCCGGGAUGCGGCAAGACGCUUCUUGCAAAGGCUGUGGCUAACGAGUCACGGGCGAACUUCAUCAGUGUCAAAGGACCUGAACUUCUCAAUAAAUACGUUGGUGAAUCCGAACGCGCCGUCCGCCAGGUCUUCGUUCGCGCUCGCUCCUCCGUCCCCUGCGUUAUAUUCUUCGAUGAACUUGAUGCACUUGUCCCCCGUCGGGAUGAUACCCUCUCUGAGGCAUCUGCUCGCGUUGUCAACACUCUUCUCACGGAACUUGACGGUUUAGGUAGCAGCCGCCAGGGCAUCUACGUGAUCGCCGCCACAAAUCGGCCAGAUAUCAUCGACCCGGCGAUGCUCCGACCCGGCCGUCUGGAGACUCUUCUCUUUGUGAACUUGCCCUCACCGUUGGAGCGCGCCGAAAUUCUCCAGACCCUUGUUCGCAAGUUACCAGUUACAUUCAACGAAGAUCUUCGAGGUUUGGCUGAAGAGUGUGAAGGAUUCAGCGGUGCUGAUCUUGGUAGUUUAUUGCGGCGCGCCGGAUACAAUGCCAUCAAACGUCGGGAUACGAUCAGGUUUGAGGACUUUGUUGCCGCAAAGUCGUUUAUCCGGCCCAGUGUGACUGAUUUGAAAAAGUAUGAAAAGUUGAGGAGGGAUUGGAGUGGGGGGGUUGUAUGA